GGAUGGGCCCUACACUUCUCCGGUGAGGCCCGCGCGCGUAUAACCCCAACGAAACACCAGCCAAAACUGUACACUAAAUAUACACGCGUAUUACGUACGCGCAAUUCAAAUUAACCCGAACUGUAUCGUACGUAAAAAUAAUACCUCAGUUUGGGCCGGACGUUGACUAAUAGAGAGAACGAAUUUUUAUCUGCGACAAAUUGAGGAUAAUAAAAAUAAAAAUGAAAGUAAAAUCGUCAGUUCCGGAACGGAAGUAAAAAGCGAUGUGUUUUUGAAAAAUCGUGACAGAUCUUGGAUCGGAUACUCUCGUCGUGUCGGUUCCUAUUUUAUUCUACUUUUUUCUUCGUCGUCGAUCGAUAGUUGGUUGUACUAAUAGUGGAGGUGUAUUUUUUGAAUUGAAAAAAUUGAGGGGCGGGGAGGACGUAAGAAGAAGAGAAAGAAGAGAGAGAAGAGGAGAAAAAAGAGAGAGAAGAAGAGGAAGGAGAAGAAGAAGAAAAAAGAGGUGGACACCCCCUGAAGGAAGGAAAGUCAUUCACCCAUCGUUCAUCGAGGGGGCACAUAGCGCCGGUCAUUCUUCAUCAUUCGUCGAUCGCUUUAUCAUCAUUUUAUGUAUCUUAUAAACGGUGAUGAUUAACUGAAAACGCAGGAUCGUAGUUUACUAUUUUUUUCAACUGAACUCACGCGGCUGCCUUCACCUGUGAUAUUAAUCGAAACAAAUUAAUAAUAAUCGCAAAACGAACGGAAAAAAAGAAAUCAACAAAUUGAUUGCUGAGCGAUCGGUUGCGAUCGGUAUAACAAUUUCCUCAAGUGAUAAUAAGAGAAUAAACGAAAGACAAAAAAAAACCACGGUGCAGUUUCGAUUGGUGAAUUUUAUGUUUCGUCCCAAUCGUAAACUCAGAGGAAAUGAUCCUCGUUUAUCUUGAUCCAUACGAUAAUUUCUUAACAAAUGCGUAAAAUAACAUCGAUGUAACGCUAACCGUGAUAAGAUAUUAAAAAAUUUCAUGUCGGUGCUAAUAAAUCGAUGGAUCUGUGCAUCGCUAUCUGCCGUCGCUUGGAGAAUUUAUGUCCAUGAAAUAUCUCGUCGGAAAGGAGCUCACGUUAUAUGAUUAAUAAAAUUGUAAAAUAUUCGAAAAAUGAUAUUCUCCGCCGUUCAAAUUGAGUGAACAAAAAUGGAUUACCCAUCGUUGAGAAUAUAAAGCAAAAUAUAAAAAAUCCAAAAAAAAAACAUUCAAAACGAAAAGGCAAAUCGAACUCACAAAUACACGGUGAAAAACUAUACGAAAAAGCUGUACCGCGGACACCGUGUAAGCGAUAACUGUCUACUAAAUUCGUGCGGUGGACGGUGACGGAAAAACAAGAAAAAAAAAUUGAUCGAAACCUAAUCAGAUACGAUGAACCAGCAAUGCAAGGUUUGCGGCGAACCCGCGGCAGGUUUUCAUUUCGGAGCUUUCACCUGCGAGGGUUGUAAGUCAUUUUUCGGGCGUUCCUACAAUAACUUGAGCAGUAUAUCGGAGUGUAAGAAUGGCGGCGAGUGUGUGAUAAACAAGAAGAAUCGAACUGCUUGCAAAGCUUGUCGUUUGAGAAAAUGUUUGCUGGUUGGAAUGUCGAAAUCUGGUUCCCGAUACGGUCGUCGUUCCAACUGGUUCAAGAUCCACUGUCUUCUACAAGAACAGCAGCAACAGCAGCAACAACAACAGCAACAACAGCAACACCAACAGUCCCAACAAUCCCAUCAACAACAAAACCAAAGGAGUCCCGCGUCCAUGAGUGGUCAUCAUCUGGGCCAGCGAAAGGAUGAAAUACUGAUGUUGGGAUUGGACGAUUAUAAAAAUUCAACAUCCCCGAGCAUAAGUUCACCGGAGUCGCACAACAGCGAUAGUUCCGUUGACGUAUCCGAAAGGCGAAACGCCAUGAGCCAUUUGCAUCCAGGUUUUCGACCACUCCACGCUCACCACGCUGCUGCAGCUGCUGAAUUGUCAGCAUUGAGUAAAGAAAUGCUCGGACUCCCGCUCGGUUUCCCUUUGGGAGGAAUGCCGCUUAUUCCUCCGGGAUUUUUACCACCUCACGGUAUCCCCAUGUUCCCUACACCCUAUCAUUUGUACGGUGCUCAUUCUCCUCAAGGUACACCUCAUCCCCAUUCUCUUAUCGGUGGACAUUGCGUACCUCCGGGUGUUUUACAACACUCGGGUAUUAUAGGAAUUCACGGAGUGGGGGGUAGUCAUAACAACAAUAACAACAACAACAACAAUAGUCAUAGCAAUAACAAUAACAAUAGCAAUAACAAUAACAACAACAACAACAACAACAAUAACAACGACAACAGAUUCGCGCACAAACACAACGGUUCGAUCGGUGCUCGUGUUUCUCCCGAUGACAUCGCUAACAAUCUGCAGGCUUCGGAAUUGGCUUACACCAAAAGAUUUUAUUUAGAAGCUGUGCUGAAAAGUCAGAGAACUCCACCGCCGGCUCGAUCGCCUGAAGAAGAAUCGAUCAAAACGAACUCUGAUAACGAUGAUAUUGAGACGUAUUCCCCGAGAAGGUGCAGUGUUAGUCCAAAUUUAGAUGGAGCGGUUACUCCACCACCUCCUCAAGACAACCCCAUCGAUCUCUCGAUGAAAAACUUAUCGAGUUCAGGAGAUUUGGAAACGGUAGGGCGACUGGGUACACCCGAGUCAUCGCGGAGCAGGGGGGAAGAUAUCGACAUGGACGAUGUUAGCGACGAAGAAAGUCCUCCCGCGGCUAAACGGAGACCCGCACCGAUAGAUUUGACCUGCACAAAGGCUUAGGGAAUUCUUGCUAUAGGUGUGUACAUGUACAUUUGUUCAGUAAAAUCAGGUCAUCGAGAUCACGUAUGUAAAAUAUACAUCCAUGACAUUUUAGUUAUUUGAUUAUUCAUCGAUAUCGAUUUCAUGAAUAAAUACAAAAACGAACGUUGUUACCAAUACCCAUAGUGGGUAUAUUAUAAAUUGUCUCUUAUUCUAAGUUUAGUUUUUAAUAUUUAUAUUUUAUUGUAAAUAGUUACGAUUGCGUAUACAUAUAUUAAUCGCGGUGCUCUCUAAUUACCCGCAGUGGAUACAAUUUACACAUCAUAUUUUAUAAAUCUGUACACAUAUUGCCGUUUUAUAUUGUUUAAACUUUGACGAUUAUUGUCUUAUUAACUAAUUUUAAAUCAUAUACAUGUACCAUAUACAAAUAUCUAGUGCUGUUUGCUAAUACUCGAUAAUCGAUCAAAACUUAACGGCCAGUAGAUACCUUCGUUUUAUUUUUAUUUUUUUAUCAACAUUAUCUCGAACGCUCGAGAAAAAUACAACGAGUAGACCGUGUCUCAAGAUUUUCACUCUUGUUGCUUGUGUCUUCUGAUAUUGUUUCGAAAAAGUGCAAUAAUUCCAUACUUACUUUUUUACAAUAUAUAAUUAUAAAUAAAGGUACUGUCGAAAUGGAAAGAACAAUCUAGAAUGAAAAAAAGAAACCGUUGUGUAAAUAGAAAUAAAGCUAUAUCACUUUUAUUAACUGUCAUAAUUUUUUUUCAUUUCUUUUUUUUCUACGAUAUAUGACAUAUCUAUCCGAUGGGACCCAGGCCAGUAGUAAUUAUGUAAAUAGUCAUGAUCACAAUUGUUAUUGAUGAUGUCGCGAUUGUUGGAUUCUGAAUAAUUGUAAUUAAGAGUAAUAAUGAUAAUAAUAUUAGUUGAGAUAAUGUAUAUUAAUGAUAGAGAAAAAAAAUAAUGACGAGAAUACUUGUGUAUUUCACUAAAAAUAAGAAAAACCGAAAAUCUUACUUAAAAAAAUA